AUCUAUCGAAUCCUGCCCGUGGAACUGGCCCGGGCCAGGCUGUGGGCCCGGUGCCUCUGUGGGGAGAAAGGUGCUGCUGGUGGCACAGCGAUGGGCCGGCACAGGUGGGCAGCCAACAUGCCUCACCUGGUUACCUGGAAUUGGUAACAAGCACAGCUGUUUGGUGCGGGUUUUAUUUGCGCUCCUUUUUGAGGUGGGUUUUGUCGUUUCAGAAAGUUACUGUUUAACCGAUAUUCUGCCGCUUCUGUCAUUAAAACGGAGCUGACUUAUUUACCUGCAGUUAGAGGGCGUCAAGAAAAUGGGGUAAUUAUUACACACCGUUGCGAAACCAGACAUCCCACCGCUCUAUAAAACACAAAGCAAAUACACAAAACACAAAGGCUGUUGAUUUCCUUCUGAGACAAUAUACAGGCAAGUAUUCGCGGCUGAUGUAACUCAGUCUGGAGUAAUCGAAGUUAUGUGCUUAAGGAUAAACCUACAUAAUGGAAUUACAUGAUUGUACCCGUGCCUGUGCUUAGUCACCCUUGCACUCACUGUAAUGCAUAUAUUUGCAAUAUCUUGUUCCAGUCUGCUGCUUUGCUUGAAUUAAGCCAGAGCAGUUCAAUGAGAUGGAACUUUGGUUGCCUUCAACUGUGCAAGAGAGCUUUCCUUCUUCUUUUCUAAAGAUUUUAAACACCAGAUGCUUCCUGAAGAUACACCGGGUUGUUUACAGCGUUCAAAAUAGAAUGAGGAUUAAAGGACAGUAUAAAGAUACCAUAGUUUGUACAUCUGCGCAACACCGAUGCUAAAGAACUGGUUUGAGAACACAAACAAAAAGCAAGUCUUUAUCCAAAGGUGAAAUAAAUCUUUGGAUACAACACAACUGCAUCUUCCGCUGCUGUCAAAGACGUCACUUAGCUGAGAAAAUCCAGCAUCCGACCAUGGAAUAAGAAUUUGUCUGCCCCGCUAAGUGUCUGUACUUCAGCCUGAUAUCUGGCUACGCUAUCUAGAAGAAAAUGCACGCAAAACAACCGCAGUGGGAAAUAAAAUUGAACUGGACAUGAACCUGGAACAUAUUCUUCUGGACUUCAGCUGAAGUGUCAAAGGAUUAGCGCUACAGAGAUGGAACUGCACAUGUCCUAAUGUUUACAAAACCCACACUGUAUCGUUCAGCCAUAUGGUUCAAUGAGUACAAAAAGCUGGUAACCAGCAGAGAAGAUACAAAAGCUAAAAUCACUAUGUGGAGCUGUGAAACCUUAAACAGUACUGACAACAGCGAGGACCAGCAUCUCUGCCAGGACUUCCACUUUGUGCUUUCCGUCUUGUCCCUACUCUACCUCAUUAUAUGUUUCCCAAUUGGCCUUUGCUACAAUGGCUUGCUGGUCCUAGUCAACCUGUACAACAAAGUGACUAUGACGAUGCCUGACGUUUACUUUGUCAAUAUAGCCAUCGCCGGUCUCAUCAUCAACACUCUGGCACCAAUGUACCUUCUAGGUCUUGCCAAUACAAAAUGGGCCAUCUGGAAUUCUAACAAUGAAAUUUAUAUCACCUUGCUUAUUUUGUUCAACGUCUCAUCUUUAGUUACCAUGUACUCUACGACGUUACUCAGUCUGGACUACUACAUCGAGCGUGCUCUACCUAGAACUUACAUGUCAAGCGUGUACAACACCAAGCACGUUUGUGGAUUCAUAUGGGGUGGAGCCAUGCUUACAAGUUUCUCAUCUCUUCUAUUCUACGUCUGCAAUCACGUAUCCACUAAAAUAAUUGAAUGUUCCAAGAUGCAGAACAAAGAGGCAGCGGAUGCCAUCAUGGUCUUUAUCGGGUAUGUAGUACCAGCUGUCGCGGUACUGUAUGCACUUAUUUUGAUCUUGCGAAUACGCAAAGAGGCUACACCACUGGACCAAGACACUGGACGAUUAGAUCCAUCGGUGCACAGGCUUUUGAUUGCCACAGUCUGUACACAGUUCACGUUGUGGACACCCUAUUAUAUUACUCUUUUGGUAAGCACAUUUACUUACGCACGAGGAAGACCUGCAGAUGAAAACUACAGUCGAAUAUUACAUUUUACCAAGAUUUUAUCCAAAUUCUUGGCUUUCUCGAGCAGCUUUAUAAUGCCUUUGCUUUAUAGGUACAUUAACAAAAACUUUCCCAACAAAUUACGACGGCUGCUUAAAAAGAUACACUGUGGGAAUCAAGGGUGUUCUCACGAACGCACAGUGGUACAGCAAGUCAUGACGUAGCUGUGAAACACCUCUGGUGCUCUGCUACUGCAGCACUCAGCUCAGCAGUACUCGGACUGUGAUAUUGCUGCAUUGGCACUCGAAGUCACUGAUGUGACAGACCCAACCAGGAGGAGCCUUUGGUGAAUGAAACGGAGUCUUAAUUUUCAAAAAGUUAAGGGUUUGCUGAGCUCUUGUAAGACUCUGGCCUAUGUGCUGUAAUACCUGUGACAUCUAACACUUUCAGUGCACUGAACUGCUUACAAAGCGUAAGCUCUGUCUUCAUCGUUCUAAUAUUCCUGACCGAACAAAUCCCUCAGCAGUUUAUUGAAAUCUUGACUGAACACACAGCACCUUGUAGAGAAAAAGGCAUUACCUUGUUUUCUGUACAGAAAAGUAACAGUGCUAUCUUUGAUGAAGUAAAUAGUAUUUUUCAAUGAAGAUGAUACAGGUGAUCUUUGCUAAAGAUCAUAUUACCCAAUUAUACAUGUCCGAAUAGUAAAUGUUAAUUAUAAAUUAAAUUAUUUAAUUUCUUUCUCCAUCAUCAAAUUCCCUAAUUUACCAUUUUCAGAAUCUAUUAACCUAACGGAUUAACCUAAGCUAUUAACAUGUACGGGAGGUCAGUUUUUUUCUAGAUAUAACAAUUAACAAAAACAUGUUUUAUUCUUCCGGUGCUUUGUUUGCAUCCUAAGACAUUUCAGGAAUUCAAAAAUAUUUAUUAACUAAUUCUAGGGGAAUUGAGAGAUUUUUGUUCCACAUAUGAAAAUGAAGGACACCGUGGUUUACAAAGUUAAAUCAAAACUUAACUGGUUAAGAAUGUCUGGCCAAGUGUUACGGUCCACAUAUGUUCAUGUAACAAGAGUAAUUAUCAUAAAAAUAAAUAUGUUUAUGAUUAACAUUCUUUAUUUUCAAGGGAUAUGUUCACUACAAAUAAAGGGAGAUCUCUUUCAUUUAGGGGAUCAUUGGAAGUUUGGAAACCAGGAAAAAAUCUUUCGAUGCAUACAAGAUUUUAAAAUGGGAGGAAUACGAGGGAUGCUCCAAAAGUAAUGCCUCCUAUUUUAUUUUGCUGGUCCGCGGUGUCAGAGGUGGAUGUUGGUGGGAUGGCAGCAGAGGCUGAACCUUCCCAGCAAUUUUCCGUGACACGUUGGUGCCGUGUGACAGGUGGCAGCAGAGGGGCACUCUGACACAAGGGUGCCUGACAUGGAGGUGCAUACGAAACCAAAGGUGUGGAAUUGAAUUCUUCCACGUGGAAAAAAUAGCGCUCGCUGACAUUCAUCAAUGCUUGCUGAAUGUUUAUGGAGACCAAACAGUGGGUGUGAGCACAGUGAGGGAUGAGCAAUGCGUUCCAGCAGUGAUGCUGACUCUGGUCACUCACACUGGCGCAGAUAUCGACAAGCACAACAUACAGAUGCUUGUUCAUUGUGGGCAAAAAUGCAUAGCUCGUGGUGACCGUGUUGAAAAAUAGUGUUUGGUAGCUGAGAAUUUGCUCUAUCAAGCAGCAUUAUCAUGCUCUUUGCACCUGUAGCACUUCCCAUGGAAAUAAAUAGGAGGGAUUACAUUCGGAGCGACCUACAUACAUCUGAAUUUCACACAGCAUCACCUUCUUGCUGACCAGUGAAAAAAUGGAGUGCCUCUCAGGGUGAUUCUUGAAUACACAGUAAGAGUACAGUUUCUGUAUUUCACAGUAGGGAUGAAAAAAUCCAAAGCAGUUCAGAAGUGUUUGAAGAACAUGAGAAAUGCAAAGUGCUGCUGGAAACAAAAUUACCCUGACCCAGACAUCUACCUGCAGUUGCUCUUGCAUUAGUAAUAGUGGAGGGGACAGAAGUUACACUGAUACUCUCCCAUUGCCUGAGGGACAGCAGAACUACUUUGUCAUUGUCCCUGCAACAAAUCAUUUCUUUGCUUUAUCUGUCACAACACAAAUCAUCCCACAUGACUUCAGCCAAAAAAAUCGGGGUUUUGAGCCGCUGGUAUAGAAAAACCAUAGAGUAAAACCAGAAUCAAACCUUUUCUAUUGCAUAAUCUGAUCUCAUCGUUGCUCAUAGUUUACCAGCAUAGAAACCUGAUUAAGUUUUAAGCAGGAGGGAGGUGAGGAACAGACUUUCCUCAGAUCUUUUCCCCUCUUUUCAGCAUCAUUCUUCUCACAGCCACCUUCACUUAUCUGAUUCAAAUACAAUCAUCUCCUACAUUAUCAACAUCCUGGUGGAAGACUCUCCAUUACUCUUUAGAUUUCAAAUCCGUUUUUAUCUUAGUGAAUUUGUUGAACCAUUGAAACCCUAUACAGCAAGUCAUCUAUUUGUGCAGUGGUUUCUCCCCGUGAAAGCUAGCCAGCACAUUCACAUCGCUUUGCUUUGCAGUGUCAGCCUGUUGAUUAAAACCACGUCACGGAAGGAAGCCUUUCCCUAUCGCUGUGUCCCAUCACAUGCUAAUUUAUGCCUCUCUGCAGACACAAUACUGGCUUUUUGGUUCUCAUAACCAUUGGGUUUUUUUGUUUCAUUUUUCUCUUAACGUGAGAGAUUUUCUGAAAACUGCAAGCGACACUCAUUUUAAGCGUUCGAGCUCACGCCCACAGAAGUUCAUAGCAAAUCUUUCCUUGGAACUGCUGAGCAAAUAGAGCCUCAUCUUCCCUCCGGGGGAACACUGGGCAUCCUAAAGCACCACGUCACAUCUCCCACUUAAAAGCUGUUAAAGAAAUUCUGACCUGUGGGGCAGGAAAACAAACCGCAGCAGAGAGGAACCGGCUAACCUGGCGUGAACAGGGGCCCGUGGAGCUGGGACACUGCCAGGGCAGUGGUGCUGAGCAGGCGGCAGUGGGGCGGCUGUCACUGCUGUGCUGCUGCCUUGCGCCCAUUUCCCCUCUUCCUGAGACACACUACGUUUCGUGUCUAAGCAGGCUGCCACAUUUAUUUCUCCUCUUUUCUCUGCAGGUUAAAUCACCAGUUUCAGGUCAUGGCUCUUUCAUCAUCUCUUUUUUUUAUUUCCCUCAUCUUUUUCAGUUCUCUAUCCAAACGUGCUAUUUGAUUUCAUCCUGCUCCUGCUCCUUUUGUGCUUGGCCUUGUACACUUGGUACUUCACCAGACUAACUCCUUCAUGACAACUCAAACUUCAUCCAAUGAUUUGACGUUACAAAUAGAGCUGCUCAGAAAAUGGAAGCUGCUUCCUAAAAGAUGGAGCAAGAACAAGUCUUAUAUCAUCUACCCUUGAAACCUCAAUUUUGAUUUUAUUUCUGAAGAUCCUUUUUACUGCAGCAGAGUUGAGUUUGUGCGUAUCCUUGAUAAUAUACUAAAUGUGAUAGCAAUCAUAUAGGCAAAGAGUGCUGAUAAUUUAAUGAACAAGACUGAUAGAAACUCAAAUAUUUUUAAGAGUGAAUUUGAUGUCUCAAUUGCCUCAAAGAAACUGUGCCGUGGAACUGACUGGCUGCUAUUCUGAACUUAAUUUCAAUGCUCUCAUGUGGUAUCUCUUAAAAAGCAAUAUCCCGCAAAGCAAGAACCUCACAGUAUUUAUAAAAGCAAUAUGAGCAAGUGCAUUAAAAUACUCAAGGAAAUGCACGCUGACAUAACUACAGAGGGACUUUUUUAUGGGCAAAUUUCUAACAUACCAAGUUCUCAAGGAUGAGGCCUUUCCAUUUCGAUACCCGAAGGUUUCUGAUGACUUUGUAAAUAGGGGCUUGUCUACUUUGCAUUUAAAUCAACAUGAAUAAAAUACUGUAUAUAUGCAAGAUAAAAAUCAGCCUACUGAUGAAAAAAUAAUUGUCAAAGAAUUUAUUAAAUUAUUUCUUAAAGUAAGUGUAUCAUUUAAAUGUAAACCUCUGAACAGAGAAGUAUACUGUAUGUUUCAGUAUGUAUAUACUGUAUAUUAGAAAGCCAGCACUAGUUAAGUGCCAUUAUUAACAGUGUUAUUUUCUCACAAAAUUCAGCUUCAUCUUUGAGAUGAGCUGUGGCUUAUAGCCCUCUUCCUGAAGAGCCAAUUACGUCAAAUCUGUGAACCAACAAAGAUGUUUGUCCCUGCUUCUGCUGAAGGUAUUAACACAGCCAGUUUAAGACAGGUCUGUGUUAAUGAACCCGGUAGGGGUCCUGGUUUCAAAAGCCUCCAUUUGGGAAUCAAAUCGAGAUGGUCUCUGAAGAUGUAAUGUGCAGUUAAGGAAAGAAAGUGACCAACCACUAGAUAAUUCCUGGUUCUACUUACUUAAAAUAAAGAAGUAUGGUCUUCCAUAUUUUGGAAAAGAACUAUGUGAAAUGGACUUCUGGCAAAGCUUCACAAAAAACUACUGAUUCCUAAGACUCUUAAUAAAAAGUGUUAAAGCCUG